AUGAGUGAUAAUGCAAAUCACGUAACAGUGACUGUCGAACAAUCGACAGCAACUCCUGCUCCUGCACAGACCCAUGAGAAUGUUGAAGCAUCUGCGACAGUGCAAGCAACACCAUUAGAUGGACCACCACCUGCAUAUGAAGCUGCUCCAUCAUCAAACGCUAGUGCUAAUAAUCCUGGUAAUGUAGAUGAGGCUGUAGGUGUGAUUGAAGCUCCACCGCCAUACUGUCUCGUCGACCCAAGUAAAAUCCCCAAUAUGGACCAUAUCCCACAUUAUUCGCAAAUAACACCUGUUGAAAUUAUUGAUCUAAAUAUGAACAGUAGUGCUGGCAACGAGCAGGUAACAUCAAAUCGUUAUCAUAAUCAAGCAGCGAUUGCAGCUUGGCUUUCAUCGGGUUCGAACAUGGACAUCGGUACAGAUUGUACAUUCCUUAUGGCAUUUAUAAUUGCUUUCUUUUUCAACUGGAUCGGUUUUCUUGCCGUUAUUUGUCUUAUUCCGACCAUCGCUGCUCGUUUCGGCGCGAUGUCAGGCUUUGGCUUGAGUGUCGCCAAAUGGAUAACCGUUGUUCGUUACCAUGAAUUGAAUAAUUCAUCCUAUCUUACACCAAAUAACAUGUCCACACCUUAUCAUCGAACCAUCGUUCAUGAUCCUGCACACAACUUCGUCUUUGCUAUUGUUCUAUUUGCUGGAUUCUUCUUGUUCGUUCGGGGUUUAAUAUCUUACAUUGCCGUUAAGAAUCGUGCAAAUCAACAUGGACAAACAGCAGAUGUUUUCAAUUGGUACUAG